ACACACCGAAAAUGCAAAACAGUCGAAUAGAAAACUUUGAAGCGCGGUGGAUUUUUUGUGCGACACGAGUCGAACAAUAUCACACAAUACAUAUACAAAUUUGUGAUUUUUUUUGGUUUUGUCUGAUUAGAAAGUGAAUAUAUAUACGUACACACAUACAGCUGACCAACAAGCAAGCCUAAAUUUGAAGAAGCAAACACAAUACAACAAUAAAAAGAAAAAGAAUUUAGCGGCGUGUGUUUCGUAGCGCGUGAAAACAACCCAAAGCAAGCAGUACAAGAAGAAGCAGCACCAGCACCAGCGGCGGCAAGAAGUUUUUAGUUCUAUCACACACAUACAAAUACAAAAGAAAUAAAAAAAAUGGCCGAGGCUAAUAAGAGAAAUAUUCCCAUCAAAUUGGGAGACUUCAGCGUUAUCGAUACGGAAUUCAGCAGCAUACGCGAACGCUUCGAUUCCGAGAUGCGUAAAAUGGAGGAAGAGAUGGCCAAGUUCCGCCACGAACUGAUGAAUCGCGAAGCCAACUUCUUCGAGUCCACCAGCUCUACUAAAAAAACAACAACUACAACCAGCUCAACGACAAACUCGGCGCUGCCUUCUCGAGUACCCAAGCAACAGAAUUACGUGUCGGACAUUAGCUCGCCCUUGAUACAGGACGAAGGUGACAACAAAGUGCUGAAGCUGCGCUUCGAUGUCAGCCAAUACGCUCCCGAGGAGAUUGUUGUGAAGACCGUCGACCAGAAGCUGCUGGUGCACGCCAAGCAUGAGGAGAAGUCGGACACAAAGAGCGUGUACAGGGAAUACAAUCGCGAAUUUCUGCUGCCCAAGGGCGUCAAUCCGGAGUCCAUACGCUCAUCCCUCAGCAAGGAUGGUGUGCUCACCGUUGAUGCGCCUUUGCCCGCUCUCACUGCCGGCGAAACUCUGAUUCCCAUUGCGCACAAGUAAAACAAAAAACAGAAAAAAGAAGCACCACUUCAAAUCAAGGGCAGCAUCACCACCAACCACCUACCUAAUCCAGAAAUAUCCAGAGGCCAGAGGCAUCCAGACUACAGACAUCCUGCUAAAUUCUAGCUAGCACACACCAACUACUAAAAACAACCAGCGAACAGAAGAAUAGAGAAAAUAAACAUUGGCCACUUAUCAAAACAAAA